GCUGAGGUUGAUGUUUAUACUGACAUUCGUUUGGGCGUCCUCCACCUCCCCUCCCUUUCCCUUCUUCCCCUCCCUCCCUUGUACCACUUCCCUUCCUCCUCUGUUUCCUUCCAUCGAUCGACCGAUCCGUGUUGAUUUUUGUGUGUGUGUAAGUGUGUUUUUGCGAGAGAGAGAGUGAGUGAGUGAGAGUGAGUGAGUGAGUGAGUGAGUGAGUGAGAGAGAGCGAGAGAGAGCGAGAGAGAGAGGACUGCAUCUCUUGCUCUCGCUUUACUGCAUCCCCCUUACCAAUUUGGACUUUACUUCUGGGGAUUCGGUUCACCCCCGCUCGGAUUCGCCAUCCUCCCUCGCCUCUCUCGCCAUCGCAUCGCAUCGACCAGGGACGUGCUGUUGCAUAAGCACAAGCACACGAAGAAUAGGAAGGAGGAGGAGGAGGAGGAGGAAGUUAGAGGAGGAGAAGGAGGGCAGGAAGACGAAGCUUGCCAUAUCGUCGUCGCCCUUCACUGGUCGGGGUUCCGCUGGGCGCACGUUCCCUCAGAGUCCUCUAAGAUGAAUCAGGCUAAGAAGAAGAAUUUCAAGAUAGAGCCGUUCAAGCACAAGGUCGAAAUGGACCCUAAGUAUGCCGAAAAAACCUGGAAGAUUCUGGAGGAUGCUAUUCAUGAGAUCUAUAACCACAAUGCCAGUGGGCUGAGCUUUGAGGAAUUGUACAGGAAUGCGUACAACAUGGUGCUCCACAAGUAUGGAGAGAAACUCUACUCAGGAGUUGUGACGACAAUGACGCAGCAUUUGCGGGAGAUAGCUCGAAUUGUUGAAGCAGCUCAAGGGGGUUUGUUUUUGGAAGAGUUGGAUGUGAAGUGGCGUGAGCAUAACAAGUCUCUUCAGAUGAUCCGAGAUAUAUUGAUGUACAUGGAUAGGACAUUUGUGAACAAUUUCAACAAGACCCCAGUGCAUGAGUUAGGUUUGAAUCUGUGGCGAGAUCACAUUGUGAGGUCACCGAAGAUACGGGAUCGGCUCUUGCGUACACUGUUAGACCUUGUGCACAGAGAGCGGACAGGAGAAGUAAUCAACCGAGGCCUUAUGCGGAACAUUACGAAGAUGCUUGUCGAGUUAGGGACUAACGUAUAUCAAGAAGAUUUUGAAAGACCAUUUUUGGAUGCAGCAUCUGAUUUUUACAGGUUGGAAUCUCAGCAGCUCAUUGAGACUAGUGACUGCCCAGAUUAUCUGCGCAAAGCUGAGAAGCGGUUGAAUGAGGAAAUCGAAAGAGUAGCACAUUACCUAGAUUCCAAAAGUGAGGCAAAGAUAACACAAGUUGUGGAGAGGGAGGUUAUUGGGAACCGCAUGAAACUUUUGGUGGAGAUGGAGAAUUCUGGUCUAAUUUCCAUGUUGAUCGACGAUAAGUACGAUGAUCUAGGAAGGAUGUACAGUCUGUUCCGUCGAAUUUCCACUGGUUUGCAAACAAUGAGGGAGCUCAUGACUGCCCACCUACGUGAGACGGGAAGACAGCUUGUUACUGAUCCGGAAAGGCUGAAAGAUCCAGUUGAGUUCGUUCAGCGCCUACUUGACGAAAAAGACAAGUACGAUAGGAUCAUUCAGCAGUCCUUCAACAAUGACAAGAUGUUUCAGAACGCUCUGAAUUCCUCGUUCGAAUAUUUCAUCAAUUUGAAUAUUCGAUCACCUGAGUUUAUUUCCUUAUUUGUAGACGACAAAUUGAGGAAGGGAUUAAAAGGUGUGAGUGAAGAGGACGUGGAGUUGGUAUUGGAUAAGGUAAUGAUGUUGUUCCGGUAUUUGCAAGAGAAAGAUGUGUUCGAGAAGUAUUACAAACAGCACCUGGCAAAGAGGUUGCUGUCUGGCAGGACUGUGUCGGAUGAUGCAGAGCGUAGUCUUAUUGUGAAGCUGAAGACGGAAUGUGGAUAUCAGUUCACGUCGAAACUGGAGGGGAUGUUCACGGACAUGAAGACAUCUCGGGAUACCAUGCAGGGAUUCAAUGCAACAUCGGCUGGUACUGAAGGGAACGAGGGGCCUACCCUUACUGUGCAAGUACUGACCACUGGUUCAUGGCCAACUCAGUCAGGUGCCCGCUGUAACAUGCCAACGGAGAUUCUAGCAAUGUGCGACAAAUUCAAGAUGUACUAUUUAUCAACCCAUACAGGUCGGCGUUUGACAUGGCAAACAAACAUGGGUACUGCAGAUUUGAAGGCCACAUUUGGGGAUGGAAAUAAACACGAGCUGAAUGUAUCUACGUACCAGAUGUGCAUUUUGUAUCUUUUCAAUCAGGCUGACCGUCUUACGUAUAAGGAGAUUGAGCAAGCAACUGAUAUACCAGCACUGGAUCUGAAGAGGAGUCUGCAAUCGUUGGCAUGUGUGAAAGGGAAGAAUGUGUUGAGAAAGGAACCCAUGAGCAAGGAUAUAAGCGAGGACGACGUUUUUGUAUUUAAUGACAAGUUCUCUAGCAAGUUUUACAAAGUCAAAAUAAGCACCGUCGUGGCUCAGAAGGAGAGUGAACCUGAGAAGCAAGAGACACGUCAAAAGGUCGAGGAAGAUAGGAAGCCUCAAAUCGAAGCAGCUAUUGUGAGAAUCAUGAAGUCAAGACGUCUCCUUGACCACAAUAACAUUAUUAGCGAGGUAACGAAGCAGCUCCAAGCUCGCUUUAUGCCCAAUCCUGCUGUGAUCAAGAAGCGCAUCGAGUCUUUAAUUGAGAGGGAGUUCUUGGAAAGAGAUCGCGUAGACCGAAAAUUGUAUCGGUAUCUCGCUUGAAGCGAGUAGGUGCAGAACUAAUGAUGUGCUGGAGAUGAGCAACAGAUGUGCUACAGGUCAUUACAUCAGGUUUUCCUCCUCUCUGGAGCUCUUCUGUCACAACCUUUUCUAGGAUGGUAGUAUCUUCUGUCGGUCAUCUUACUGCUGCAUUUCGUGUUUACUCCAGUCUCAUUGCUAGAUCAUCGGCUCUCUACGUUGAUUGUCAGGACUUUCGUAAACCUGUUCAAUAUUUCUUUUGAGUUUCGACAUUCAAGUAGGUGGGGGUACAUUAUAAAAGCGAGGAUCAACUUCACAGAGCCUAACGUUGAUUUAGGAUUGUUUAUGUCUCACAAUGACUCGGGGAAAGAGGCCUGCACAGGUGUAUCUUGUAAGGUAGUCUUGAGCACUAGCAGGGUGUACAUAAUAUUUGCUUAUUGAAUGGGUGAAGGUAAUGAAAAACAAUGUAGGUUAUUUCAUCAUGUAGUUCAGUAGCUCAGACCACCUUUUCUUCGAUUACGGGAUGUAUGGUUUUGUGAAAGCGUGGGCUGCACCCAUUGUGUGGUGAUUUUAAUCGUUGGCCUCCAGUGUAGAGGAAUUGACUUCUGGUCCACCAAAUCUUCCGUGCUCAGAAGACAAUGGUCUUUGUCUUGCUCUUUUUUUAUAAAAAAUAGCGCACUGGGAAAAUGUCACAUGAUUUUCACAAACCAUGUAUUGGUUAUAGACGGAGCCUCAUGAACUGUUCUUUUGAGAGCUUUUGUUUAAUUAAUUAUUUAUUUAUCAUA